AUUUCACUAAGGCCCGGGUGUGGUAUCACCCUUCAGGACUCAGGGACUAGAUGUGUCUGACUAAGGGAGGCAGUAGUCACAUUCAUCACAUUUUUACAAACAUCUGCCUCAUUCAGGCCUUUUCUAGGAACUGACACAGUACACAGACUAGACCAAGUCUCUGUUUUCAUGUCACACCACCAAGGGGGCAGUGCCAGCAAAGCAGCAAACACUGUGUGCUGAGUGGUGAGGAGUACCCAGGAGAAGAGAAGAGCUGGCCUGGGGAUAGCAGGGGGGUGUCACAGGAGGGAGGAGCAUGCCAGGCAGAGGGAGCACCAAAGCACCUGGGCAGGCAGGCAGUGGGAGGAAAGGAGGGAGGGUGGGAAGGAGGGUGGAUGGGUGGGAAGGGCUUCUUAUCUCUUAGGAAGGAGAACUUUGAGGAAAGGGGAACCUGCUCGAGGCUUGGGGUGGAGGACUCACCUGCUUAGCUUUUCUUGCAGAUCAUGGAUCAUGGGCGGGAAGGGCAGGGGUUAUGCAGGAUGUCAGGAGGUGACCAUCCCCCCCGCCCCCCAUGAAUGAUGGUGGCUCAGUGGCAGGGAGGGGGGCCCACUAGGAGUUGCCUCUGGAUUUAUCCUGUAGGAUGAGCUGACAGAUUUGCUGAGGGAUUAGCUGUGGGGGUGAGAGGAGAGUGUGGCUGGCUGGCGGCACCGGAAGGACAUUGUUGACACUAACUGAGAAGACAGGGAGGGCUCAGAACAAGCAGGCUUUGGAGAGAGAACUGCGAUUUCUGGUCAGUUUUGUUGGGGUGUAGCACACACUGGUGGAAUGUACCUGGGGGCCCUGAGAGCUGUCGGGUCGUAAGGUGUGCCUUGUCCUGCCCAGAAUCUGCUCUGAGACAAUAGUCUACCUCCCUCAGUUCUGUCUUCUCUUGGCAAACCUGCCUUAUCCCUCCUCCCGACAGCGGGCGGCAGAUUGUGGUGAAGGUCUCAAACCCUCUGUCUGGCGUGCCUCUUGGGAAGGAGUUUUGCUUUUGGUGGGCCUCGGGGAGCUUGAAGGGGAGGUGGGGGCCUCAGGCUCUCGGCAUUGCUCUACCCUCCUCUGUACAGCAGUGUCGUCCUGGCGUCUAGUUCCCAGGGCAGUAAGGAAUGUUUGAGGAGACAGCGUAGUAAGGUGGUUAAGAGUUUGAGCUCGACUCAGGCAAGUGGACAGCGAAUACUUCCUCUGCUGCUGGGCUGUGAGACUCUGGGCAAAUGAAAGAACCUCUCUGGUCCUCUAUUUUCUCACCUGUAUAAAUGGGCCCAUCCUAACACCUGCUUCAUAGGGGGUUACUUUGAAAGUUCCUGAUAGGUUUGCAGAAAAUACUUCACAAAGAUUCAACACCACACCCAGAAGGAGCAGUUAGCAGCAAAGACCCCUGUGGUCUGUCAGGGUGACAGGUUCUGCCUUCUAGGUUAUGGGUGCUGAGCAAGAACACAAUUACAUGUGUUUUAGUGGGGGGGGGCAGCUGGAGGUGUUGAGAUCUGGGAUGGUGGGGUUCUGGGGUGUGCUAGGGAUCCCUUUAAUAGCUAAGUAGGGCUGAAGAGAUGGCUCAGUGGUUAAGAGCACCGACUGCUCUUCCGAAGGUCCUGAGUUCAAAUCCCAGCAACCACAUGGUGGCUCACAACCAUCCGUAAUGAGAUCUGACGCCCUCUUCUGGAGUGUCUGAAGACAGCUACAGUGUACUUAGAUAUAAUAAUAAAUAAAUCUUUAAAAAAAAAAUAGCUAAGUAAAUUGAGGGAUGGGGAUGCAAGAUGCUUAAGCAAAGUCCCGGAAGACCCCUUAACCUUGUCUCCUUUUGUUCUUAUGAGUCUCGCUCAGAAUUUUAGCAACUUCCUGUGAACUUCUGCCUCAGAGUGAGAACAGGGCUGUCCCUAGCUCUGUACCUUCCCUAGCUGAGAGUCUUUGUGGAGUUGGCAUGGCAGCAGCACAGGUCUCAGGGAGGAGGGUGGUAAUUUUCCUUUUCCUAGAGAUUCUUUGUCUCUGCAGUUCAGUGGCCAGCCUUAGUUAGGGAAAUGUGGGCGGGAGGCCUGGAGGGACAGGUGUCACUGAGGUGACUUUAAGGGCAUUCCAGACAUUGAGUUAGGUGUGGUGGUGCAUACCUGCAGUGCUAAGUACUCUAGAGGCUGAGGCAGGGGUAUCACUAUCUUAAGAGUCCAAAUGUGGGUGCCAUAGCAUUUGAGGUCCACCUAUGAUACACAAUAAGACCUUGACACAAAACAAAACACAACAGCAACAAACCAGUCAGGGCUGUAAACAGGGCUGGCUGUGGGGCAGACUGGGCUGGAGUGGCAUUCCUCUGCGUACUUGGAUGCGGCUGGCCUUGGCUCCUGGUCUGGGUCCAGGCAGGGUGGUGCCUGCUUCAGUGGAGCCAUGGAGAGGUUGACAAUGAAUGGAAUGUGGCCCCCUAAGGACCCACACACACUUCACUGGCCCUGGCAUGCCAGUUGAACCCUGGGCUUCUGAAAGCCUUUUCCAGCAGUUAAGCUGUGCCAGGACAUUUCUUAGUCCCUGGGGUGACACUGACCAGUGCUGCUUUUCUCAGCUUCAGGGGUCUUUAGGUGCGUGGGAGAGGGCCUUGGAGAUAAUCCAGCCACUUCCCUUAGUACCCGAGGAAACUGACACCUAGAGAAAGCAAGACACUUGACCAAGAUCUCACAUAGCCUUCCCCUCACGUCUGCCACCUCCUUCUGUCCCUGUGUCCCUUGCUCAGACUCCUGGCCUGCUGCCCAGACAGACAUUUCCAUCAGCCUCCCUCUUGUGGCUCCCCGCGAGCUUUGUUUGCCCUCCUGUUUGCCCUCCUGUUAUCGUCAUUUUGCCAUGCCCCGCCAGGCACUCACACGACUUGGUAUGUCUGAACUCUCGUCCCCUUCUAGCGUCUGCUAGUUCUGGGACCUCCUAGACUCUGGAGCCACUCAGCUUGGGUUUGGACCAUUCGGCUCUUUUGUUUGUGUGUAGCACAGCAAUCCUGGGCCUACCAGCCCCCUGGACGCCCCAGCAUCCCCUCUGCACAGUGAGAUCAGCAGAGGCCUGAGCGGGCAGGGCUGCUGAUGGAUGAUGUCAGUGAGAUGACAGGUGCCGUGCUGGCAAGACGGGAGCUCUCCCAUGUGCUCAUGGCUGUCACGAAAGCCGGUUGGCUUGUUGGCUUGGCAAGCAUCCCAGCCUUUACCCUGUGGGCCCAACGUGAGGAGUGUGAGGAGCGGCAUGCGGCGCCCCCUGGCUGGUUCGGUGUCUUUUGACCUGCUGUUGACUGCUCCCAGGGGGCCCUGACGCCCUGGGGCACUUUUGCUCUGCACAGGACCACGCUGGGGUUUGCCAUGGUGACAUAAAGGGGUGUAGAGGAAGGAAGGAGCAAGACCAGCCUGUAGACUGUGCCCCUGGCUGGGCAAAAGGGCCAGGGGCCCGGAGCCUUCCCUCCACUGCCCUCGAACGCCUCACUUCCUAAGUCUCUGCAUUUCUCAGUCAGUGGACAGCUUUUGGGACUCUUGUGUGAGGACUUUGGGGGACCAGGCCAGGCUGGGCCUCUGCUGAUUGAGAUCUUGGGAUCCAGAAUGCCUGCCCUGGCGUGCCUCCGGAGGCUGUGUCGGCACCUGUCCCCACAGGCUGUCCUGUUCCUGCUGUUCGUCUUCUGCCUGUUCAGCGUUUUUGUCUCUGCCUACUACCUAUAUGGUUGGAACCGGGGCCUUGAGCCCUCGGCAGAUGCUUCCGAGUCUGACUGUGGGGACCCGCCACCUGUCGCCCCUAGCCGCCUCCUGCCAAUCAAGCCCGUGCAGGCGGUUGCCCCUUCCCGAACAGACCCACUGGUGCUGGUAUUUGUGGAGAGCCUUUAUUCACAGCUGGGCCAGGAGGUGGUGGCAAUCCUGGAAUCCAGUCGCUUCAAAUACCGGACAGAGAUUGCACCGGGCAAGGGGGACAUGCCCACACUCACAGACAAGGGCCGUGGCCGCUUCGCCCUCAUCAUCUACGAGAACAUCCUCAAGUAUGUCAACCUGGAUGCCUGGAACCGGGAGCUGCUGGACAAGUACUGUGUGGCCUACGGCGUGGGCAUCAUUGGAUUCUUCAAGGCCAAUGAGAACAGCCUGCUGAGUGCACAGCUCAAAGGCUUCCCUCUCUUCCUGCAUUCGAACCUGGGCUUGAAAGACUGCAGCAUCAACCCCAAGUCACCACUGCUCUAUGUGACACGGCCCAGUGAGGUAGAGAAAGGCGUGCUGCCCGGAGAGGAUUGGACUGUGUUCCAGUCCAACCAUUCUACCUACGAACCAGUGCUGUUGGCCAAGACACGCUCCUCCGAAUCCAUCCCACACCUGGGUGCUGAUGCUGGCCUGCAUGCUGCGCUGCACGCUACUGUGGUCCAGGACCUGGGUCUCCACGAUGGCAUCCAGCGUGUGCUCUUUGGCAACAACCUCAACUUUUGGCUGCAUAAGCUUGUCUUCGUGGAUGCUGUGGCCUUCCUCACGGGGAAGCGCCUCUCACUGCCUUUGGACCGAUACAUCCUGGUGGAUAUUGAUGACAUUUUUGUGGGCAAGGAGGGCACACGCAUGAAGGUGGAGGAUGUGAAGGCCCUGUUUGAUACACAGAAUGAACUCCGCACACAUAUUCCAAACUUCACCUUCAACCUGGGCUACUCAGGGAAAUUCUUCCACACAGGUACGGAUGCUGAGGAUGCUGGCGACGAUCUGCUGUUGUCCUAUGUGAAAGAGUUCUGGUGGUUCCCCCACAUGUGGAGCCAUAUGCAACCCCACCUCUUCCACAACCAAUCUGUGCUGGCAGAGCAGAUGGCCCUGAACAAGAAGUUCGCUGUCGAGCACGGCAUCCCCACAGAUAUGGGCUAUGCGGUGGCGCCCCACCACUCCGGUGUGUACCCUGUGCACGUGCAGCUGUAUGAGGCCUGGAAGCAAGUGUGGGGCAUCCGUGUGACCAGCACAGAGGAGUACCCACAUCUGAAGCCGGCCCGGUACCGCCGUGGCUUUAUCCACAAUGGCAUCAUGGUCCUCCCUCGGCAGACCUGUGGCCUCUUUACACACACCAUCUUCUACAACGAGUACCCUGGAGGCUCCAGUGAGCUGGACAAGAUCAUCAAUGGGGGCGAGCUCUUCCUCACUGUGCUCCUCAAUCCUAUCAGCAUCUUCAUGACACACUUAUCCAACUAUGGAAAUGACCGCCUGGGACUAUACACCUUCAAGCACCUGGUGCGCUUCCUGCACUCCUGGACCAACCUGAGGCUGCAGACUCUGCCCCCCGUGCAGCUGGCCCAGAAGUACUUUCAGAUCUUUUCUGAGGAGAAGGACCCGCUUUGGCAGGAUCCCUGUGAGGACAAACGCCACAAGGACAUCUGGUCUAAGGAGAAGACAUGUGACCGCUUCCCAAAGCUUCUUAUCAUUGGCCCCCAGAAAACAGGCACCACGGCCCUCUACCUGUUCCUGGGCAUGCACCCGGACCUCAGCAGCAACUACCCCAGCUCCGAGACCUUCGAGGAGAUCCAGUUUUUUAACGGCCACAACUAUCACAAAGGCAUCGACUGGUACAUGGAGUUCUUCCCUAUUCCCUCCAACACCACCUCGGACUUCUACUUUGAGAAAAGUGCCAACUACUUUGAUUCAGAAGUGGCACCACGGCGGGCAGCUGCACUGUUGCCCAAGGCCAAGAUCCUCAGCAUCCUCAUCAACCCAGCCGACCGGGCUUAUUCCUGGUACCAGCACCAGCGAGCCCAUGAUGACCCAGUGGCCCUAAAGUACACCUUUCAUGAGGUGAUCACAGCUGGCCCUGAUGCAUCCUCAAAGCUGCGUGCCCUCCAGAACCGGUGCCUGGUCCCAGGCUGGUAUGCCACUCAUAUUGAACGCUGGCUCAGCGCCUUUCAUGCCAACCAGAUCCUGGUCUUGGAUGGCAAACUGCUGCGAACAGAACCUGCCAAAGUCAUGGACACAGUGCAGAAAUUCCUUGGGGUGACCAGCACUGUCGACUACCAUAAAACCUUGGCGUUUGAUCCAAAGAAGGGAUUUUGGUGCCAACUGCUUGAAGGAGGAAAAACCAAGUGUCUGGGAAAAAGCAAGGGACGGAAAUAUCCAGAGAUGGACUUGGAUUCCCGAGCCUUCCUAAAGGAUUACUUCCGGGACCACAACAUUGAGCUCUCUAAGCUGCUGUAUAAGAUGGGCCAGACACUGCCCACCUGGCUGCGGGAAGACCUCCAGAACACCAGGUAGCCUUGGCCACCACAGCCAGCCAGAACGCUUGUGUUCGCAGGGAUGUCCUGCCUCACACUGAGCCAGACUGACCUGCCGAGAAGGAAGCUGGGCCCAGCCAGCCAAAAGCGACGAGCAAUACUCUGCUGAGGCCCACAGGGGCCGGAAGCCCAGGCAGGUCUGCAAGCGCCUCAGAGCAUCCACCGCUGGAUGCAUGGCCUGUGGGACCUCUGUGGUACCAGAGGUCCAUUCCGUUCCUUCGCAGCCUCCCUGCCUGGGGAGAGCACUUCCUGUUGUUGGAAGGUCAUUUCCUGGUAGGAGGAGUCCUGGAGGCUCUCUCCUGUCCCUCACUGUGUCCUACCGUUCCUGUCCUGUCCUUUGUCACCCCCCCUCCCGCUCCAUCAGGAUGUCCCCUCAGUAUUAGCUGCCAUAGUUCUUCUGUCCUCCAGACAGUAAAGGGGAAGAGCGCAGCUGGGCCUUUCGCCCAACCAGGGAGAAAGACUGGGCAUGUCCCUGAGGGUUUUGAGCCAGGCCCUGCCAGGGUUUAGCUAGGCACCCAGAUGCACUCAUUAGACUGAAUGUGAGGGUGACCAUCUUGAGAGGACAUACGACUCUGUAUUUGGGUUAUUAUUAUCACAUCUCAUCUCCUCUUUGGGAAAAGACUCUCUGGUCCCUAUUGUAUCCACCUAGUAGUGCUCAUGGUCUCUCGUAGGCCCUGGGCCACUGCCAUGCCACUGGGCCCAGAGACGUGGGCCUUGGCCCCGUCCUGCUCACCUGGAUGUGACAUGUGGUGUUUCCUGUGGUAAAGGCUGAGGCGAGUCAGGAGUCUGCCAGUGUUCAUAGUCCCGUGUACAUAGAUUGUUUCACAGCUGCCGCCUCGGCCCAGCAGACAUGGCAGUCAGCAAGCAGUGCUGUCCGCUGCUUUGCCUAGCAACCUGUGGCCGAGGGUCCCCAGAGACCCCCUAACCUCCCAAAUACUAAGAAGCUAAAGUAUUUUAAUAUUUUGUGUUUUUUUUUUUUCUUGGUGCCAGAGUUUAUACCCUGGGUGCUGGGGUCGCACUGUGUUUUAUAUAUAUAUAUAUAUAUAUGAAAUGUGUAUAUAUAUAUUAUAUAUUUUUUUUGGUUGGGUUUGUUUUUAAUUCAGUCAUAUACAAUGAUGGCAAGCCCGAGCCUCAAAGAAUGUCGUAUCUUAAUGCUAGAGAAUGAGGUGGAAAGGAAGGUGAGUGUCUAUGAGCACCCAGGCCUCAGGGCGAAGUCUUGAAGGGUCCUUCUUCCCUCUUCUGCAGAGGGACCAGAGAUGCUAAGAUGGAAAGGAAGACCAGCUCUCCCAAAAUAGUAUGGCUUUACAAAGCCUAGUGGCCGUGGGGUGUUUGGGCCACAGGGAAAGGCUGGCCCGGGGUGGGACACCUGGGGCCCUGAGCUGGCCUCUCCCUCCCCUGUCACAUGGUGCUAGGUUGGGGUCUGCUUUGGAGUGGGGUGCCCACAGGGACCCACAGAACUGUCUCCAGUCCCUGAAGACACAGGGUCUUUGGCUGGUUUCUGUUUGGAUUCUGUUUCUGUCCCCCUUUUAACAAUGUGAAGUGACUGAGGUUGGAUUUCCUCUUCCUGCUACCCCAAGCCCCCACAUCUCUUUAACUGCCAGUCCAGUGUCCACCAGCCAUUUGUUCUGACAUCCUGGCCAUGCAAGGGUCCCAAGACGGGCACAAAGUGGGUCCAGGCAUGGGAGGUGGCCUUGGUCAAUGUCACAGAGCUGUUGGAAGCAGUGCCAAGAGCUAAAUUCAGGCCCCUGAUUCUGAGCCCCGUGCUCUUCCAGUACCACACUGCCUCUGAGCCUGCCUUCGGGACCCUACUGUGUUCCAGGUCCCGUCUGUCCCUCAGUCACAUAGCUGUGGUCAUUCCAGGACAUGGGGACAAACCACUCUUUCCCAGCCAGGUGCCUUUGAGCCUUCCCUUCCAAGACCUGCACUUUUCCCGCUGUGUUCUCUUGUUUCCAGAGUCCAUCCAUCUUACUAGCUGGGGUCGUCUUCAUUAUGAGCUAUUCCUUCCUGGAGUUCUCCACUGUGGUGGAGAGUGUGGGAUGCUCAGAGGGACCUGCGUGCAUGGUUUUGGUGUGCAGAGAGCCAUGUCACAUCAUGUUUCUCACUGGGGUCUUGGAACCUGUGGAUCCCAGUCCCUAUGUGAUAUGCUCAAAUGCCCUGUCAACAAGCUAGAACCAGACUCAGGGUUAGGUCAGUGUGCAUGCCCUUAGCCACACUUCCCACCUGUCAGUGAGGAUGGCUCCUAUAUUCUGAAAGCUACUCUGAGACCCUGUGAGAGCUGAGUUAGAUGGUUGGAGUGGCCUUUAGAUAGCAUGCAGCUCUGUUAGUCUCUGCUUCUGGUCUCCAUUGAAAGCAAGCAGGUUUGAGACCCUGGCAGAGCAGGGGAGUGGUUCUCUCUGGUCCAUUUCCCUCUAAGACCCUGGAAACUGCUGCUGUGUCCCUUUCAGUGCUGGGCCUAGAGGCUGCCACAAGUUGCAGAUGUGGGGUCUUGGGAAGUAGAUACGUUCAUCUUAGUAUCUCUCAAUGACAAUGUCCACUGAUUGACUGGAAACGUUUGGAAAAACACAAAAACAAGUUGGAAGGAAAUUACUUCUGUUGUUCAGGCCACACCCUGUCCCUUCUUCAGUCUCUACCAACAGCGUUUGCCUUAUGGGUGCAGCUCACCGGCAGCUGCCUCAUUCAUUCCAGGUUCUAGAGCUUUCUAUGGGGCGGGUACCUCGGUGCGCAUAGGGAAUGAGGACGAAGCUAAAAUGGACCUUUCAAACCCCGAUGUAUGAGCAAUGGGUGCUUGUGAGUCUGCUCAUUUCCAGAGGAGAAGUCCUGGCCUGCCCCACCCUAGAGCCCCCCAGGUGUGUGAGUGGCAAGAGCAAGCUCAGAACCGUCUCAGCGCUGGGCUGUGACUGCCAGCCACCCUUCAUCUAGACUGAAGGAGGUUAGCAUUUGCCAGUGUGUUUUCUCUCGAUAUUCAUGUACGUGUAUUUUAAAAGUAAGUUGCAGUAUCAUGAGACUAUUUAUCCCUAGUGUUGCCCUAAGAGGUAGGGCCUUUUACCAGACCAGCCAGUGCCACAGCCAAGACAGUAGUCCUGUCCCACUAACAGCCAUUGUCUAGUCUGUACCUAAAGUUGUCUCCCAGCCCCCAUUCUACCCCAUUAUUUUAGUAUUGGUAUUGGAUCCAAUCAGGGCAAGAACAUUGUAUGUUAUUAAAAAGUUUCUUUGAAAGCUAAAAAGUUUUCCCUCUGCCCAACUCAUUAAAAAAAAAAAAAAAGUUUGGUUUUUGUUUGUUUGAGACAAGGUCUCAUUAUAUAGCCCUGGCUAGCCUGGAAUUUGUUAUGUAGACCAGGUUAGCCCUGGAACUCAUAGAGAUCCACUUAACUCUCAAAAGCUGAGAUUAAAUGUCUGCACUUACCAGGCCCAGUUCAAAAUGGUAUUUUGUUUGUGUUUUUGAGACAUGGUCUCAUCAUGUAAAUCUGGCUGUCCUGGAGAAUGUUAUGUGAACCAGGCUGGCUUUGAACUCAGAGAUCCAUCUGCCUCUGCCUCCUGAGUUCUGUGAUUAAAUGUGUGUGCCACUUCUCCCAUCCCCCAAAUGGUAUUCUUUUUAAGGCCAGAGGGUAUGUCGUCGUCUAGAAGUCCCACAUUCCAGAUCUGAUUGUUUCCUCCUGUAGCUAGCCCACAGGCUUUCAAGGGUCAUUUUCCUUCUUGUGUGGAUGUGGCAUUUCCUCUUGCCUGUAGUGAGCCUCCUCCCACAGCCCCCCAAGUGAGGGCCAAACCAGCUUGGGGGAGGGGAAGGGGCUCCCCAAAGAGGCAACAUCACAUGGGUAGGGGUUGAGGGCUCUGUGGGAUGGGAUGGUCCUGCUGGACUGACCCUGGAGGGCCAGGCUAGGCACAGCUUAGAGGAGCCCGGCUGCCCCAUGCUAAGCACAGCAUUGGUCUUUCUCCAUCUCUUCCCUCUUCUGUCUGUGUUUUGGUUUCCCUGCUUCUGUUCUGUGGUCCUGGGGUCUUCAUUCUCUAGAUGGUCAGUGUGCACUGGAACAGAGAUGAGACCUCAAGCUAUGACAGGGAAGGCCUAGGAGAAAGGCGUCCUCUAGGCGGAGGCCUGAGAAGAGCACCGGGUGCAGCAGGCGGUCACGUGACGGUCUUCCUCCAUAAAUGAGAUGGAGGCUUCAGCAGGGGUUUCACAUCCACGCAAGAGGCAGCUGUGCUCUGUGUGAUCUGAGGCUAGGAGUCUGCCUCCUCCCCUUCCACCCCCAGGCCUUCCAUGCAGUGCUGGGGUUAGGGUUGUCUGGCUGUGGGCUUGAUAUCCUUGCCAGCUCUGAGUAGCCCGGCAAUGUCUGAGGGCCAGCGGGAAGGCCAGGGGAGACUCCCUGAAAUGGUUCACCUAAGAAGCUUCCCUCAACCUCUCCCUGGCCUGGAGGAGGAUCCCAGAGGAAAGGGUUUUCUAUGACUGAGCUAGCUUUUCUUACGGGCAAGAGGGCUCUUUUUGUAAUUUGUGCAUGAAAUUCAUGUUAUUUCCUGGGGAGAGAAGAGGGCCAACUGAGUGGGUGGGGGGCACGUGUGGGAAGCAGGCAGAGGUUUCCUUCCCUGGAGGGGUGGGGAGGGCUCGCAGAGGGCAUGCUACCUAGCUCACCUGAAGAGGGCUCUUGAACCAGCCGUUUUGGGUUGUGUUAAAUGUGGGAACUUUCCUCCAUUAAUGUACAAUCUUGAACUAACUGCUAAUAAAAUGGGAUUCUGUUUGUA